CUCCUCCCGUCACAUCUUUGUCAGUGAACAAAAUGGCAACCUACUGUCUGACAGUCGCUAGGCUUCAGCUUGUGCUGGGCCAUGGGGCUCGCCGUCUCCACGUGUCAGCUGCCUACAGAGCAUCAGCCAAAGUCUCCAUGAGCCGCUUUGAGCCCAACUCCUUUGUCAACUAUGAGAAGCUGCAGUCAAAUGUUGAUAUUGUGCGCAAAAGACUCAACCGUCCUCUUACUCUGUCGGAGAAGAUUGUCUACGGCCAUCUGGAUGACCCUCACAAUCAGGACAUCGACCGCGGCCGCACCUACCUGCGCUUGCGUCCAGACCGUGUGGCUAUGCAAGAUGCCACUGCACAGAUGGCCAUGCUCCAGUUCAUCAGCAGUGGUCUGCCACGAGUGGCCGUGCCCUCCACCAUCCACUGUGACCACUUGAUAGAAGCACAGACUGGUGGAGUCAAGGAUCUUGCCAGAGCCAAGGAGGUCAACCAGGAGGUCUACAACUUCCUGUCGAGUGCAGGUGCCAAAUAUGGAGUUGGUUUCUGGAAGCCUGGCUCAGGCAUCAUCCAUCAGAUCAUCCUGGAGAACUACGCUUACCCAGGUGUCAUGCUGAUCGGCACAGAUUCCCACACACCAAAUGGUGGUGGCCUUGGUGCCAUCUGCAUCGGAGUGGGAGGAGCUGAUGCUGUAGAUGUGAUGGCUGGAAUCCCUUGGGAGCUCAAGUGUCCAAAGGUAAUCGGCGUACGAUUGACUGGAUCCCUCUCUGGGUGGACCUCUCCAAAGGAUGUCAUCCUGAAGGUGGCUGGAAUUCUUACUGUCAAAGGAGGCACUGGAGCCAUUGUGGAGUAUCAUGGUCCAGGAGUCGACUCCAUUUCCUGUACUGGAAUGGCAACCAUUUGCAACAUGGGAGCAGAAAUUGGUGCCACAACCUCAGUGUUUCCCUACAACCACCGCAUGAAGACAUACCUGGAGAAGACUGGUCGUGGAGAAAUCUCUGCUCUGGCUGAUGAGUAUUCUGAUCUGCUGGUGCCAGAUGAAGGCUGCGAGUAUGACCAGAUGAUUGAGAUCAAUCUGGAUGAGUUGAAGCCCCACAUCAAUGGCCCCUUCACCCCUGACCUUGCUCACCCCGUGGCCAAUGUUGGAGCUACAGCAGAGAAGAACGGCUGGCCCCUGGAGGUGAAAGUUGGCUUGAUUGGUAGCUGCACAAACUCCAGCUACGAGGACAUGGGCCGCGCCGCCUCCGUGGCCAAACAGGCUCUGGACAAAGGCCUCAAGUGCAAAGCUCAGUUCACUGUCACCCCUGGGUCUGAGCAGAUCCGUGCCACUAUUGAAAGAGAUGGAUACUCAAAGAUUCUCGGUGAUGUCGGCGGUGUGGUUCUGGCCAAUGCCUGCGGACCUUGCAUUGGACAGUGGGACAGACGUGAUGUGAAAAAAGGAGAGAAGAACACAAUCGUCACAUCAUUCAACCGAAACUUCACUGCCAGGAAUGAUGCUAACCCUGCAACACAUGCUUUUGUCACUUCCCCUGAGAUUGUUACAGCCUUGGCCAUCGCAGGAACCCUGAACUUCAACCCUGAGACCGACUACCUUACUGCUCCUGAUGGGCAGAAGUUCAAGCUGGACCCCCCUAACGGAGAUGAACUCCCUGCCAGAGAUUUCGACCCAGGCCAGGACACCUAUCAGCACCCACCAAGUGACGGCACCAGCCUCAAGGUGGACGUCAGCCCUCAGAGCAACCGUCUGCAGCUCCUGGAGCCUUUUGACAAGUGGAGCGGUGGAGACCUGGAGGACAUGCAGGUCCUCAUCAAGGUGAAGGGCAAAUGCACCACUGACCACAUCAGUGCUGCUGGCCCCUGGCUCAAGUUCCGUGGUCACCUGGAUAACAUCUCCAACAACAUGCUGAUUGGCGCAGUCAACAGUGAGAAUGAUGCGGUGAACAAGGUGAAGAAUCAUCUGAACGGAGAGUACGGAGGCGUCCCAGAUGUGGCUCGACACUACAAGGCCAAUGGCCUGUCAUGGGUUGUUGUUGGUGACGACAACUACGGUGAGGGUUCCAGCCGAGAGCACGCUGCUCUGGAGCCAAGGCACCUGGGUGGACGGGCAAUCAUUGUGAAGAGCUUUGCCAGAAUCCAUGAAACUAACCUCAAGAAGCAGGGCCUGCUUCCUCUGACCUUCAGCAACCCCUCAGACUAUGAUAAGAUCCGCCCUGAUGACAAGCUCUCCAUCAAAGGACUCAAAACAUUCACUCCCGGAAAGCCUCUGACCGCCGUGGUGAAGCACAGUGACGGCAGUGUGGACACAUUGGAACUGAAUCACAGCUUCAACGAGACGCAGAUCGAAUGGUUCCAGGCUGGAUCUGCCCUGAACAGGAUGAAGGCGUUGCAGCACUGAACAAGAAGUUUUGUGCCGCGGGAGGAAAAGCAUUGAUGAAUUAUUAAUCAUAGUUCUACCAUAAUCUAUCCUAACAUUGCAGGUUAGAUUCAGCCGAUCCGUGUCCAGUGCAGUGUUUCCCUGAAUGUAGUGCUCACUUUCUGAGGCACUAAUGGUGACAGCGUAUUGCUCAUACUGAUGUAACACAGUUAAAUCUCUGAAUUGCAGUUGUAGUGAAAAUGAAAUCAUUUAACCACAUCUGCUCGCCACGUUUGGCUGUAGUUUCCAAGUUCUCCCAGGAGGGGGCUCUGUCUACAUCACCAAACUGAUUAUUAAGUUUGAGUUGAAUCAUGAAGCUAAACUGUCAAAUCCAAAAACGUUUAUCCAGUGAUCAUUCAGCUGUUUUAAAGACCGUUUCUUGCCUGUUAACUGAUAUCUAUGACUGUGCAGUUAUAACGCAGCUCACCAACUCAGAUUUCGUGCUGUAAACACAUUUCCCAUCAAGCACAACCAAUUGAGGAGGUCAAAAACAUAGUUUUCUCCUGUUUUAUUUUUCUAUAUUCACUCCAAUCAAUUCAGCUGCUGCUUGAUUUUAGGUUUGUUCUUGCUCCGAGGGAAGAGCCUUGUGUCCAUCACAUGUCAUUUUUGUGUGCGAAUUGGCCCAAAUAAUGGUGUCCCAUGUCUUGGGUCAUGGGUGGCUGAUCAGUUUGGAUGAGAAGCAUGGAUUGAACUUCACACAUGCUUUGUGGAAAGUGUCCAUAUUUCUUGUACAAAUUUUCAUUCAGUUUUCUCCCAGAUGAUCUUUUAUGUUACAGACAUGCCUGUGGGUUGUAAAAUAAAAAUCACAGAUAUUGAA